AUGGCCUCGGCGUACAGCGUGUACCAUGGCGCUUCCAACGGUUCCCCAUACACCAUUACUGCCAUGGGUCGAUGGUCCUGUCUGAACAAAACUCUGCCUCCUGCCGACAAAAUCAAGGCCCUUCACGUUUACGACUUCGACAAUACGUUAUUCAAAACGCCGCUGCCCAACCCGGCUCUUUGGGCUGGUCAGACAAUAGGACUCCUGGCUACUCAGGAAGCCUUCACUAACGGCGGAUGGUGGCACGAUAACCGUAUUCUCGCCGCAACGGGCGAGGGUCUGGAGAAAGAAGAGCCUCGGGCAUGGGACGGAUGGUGGAAUGAAAAAAUCGUCCAACUUGUUGAGCUGACCAUCAAGCAGCCUGACGCUCUAUGCGUCUUGUUGACUGGUCGCUCCGAGAAGGGAUUCAGCGAACUGGUCAAAAGGAUGGUUGCCGCCAAGGGUCUCGACUUCGACAUCGUUUGUCUCAAGCCGCAAGUCAGCCCGACGAAUCAGCGAUUUCAAAAUACCAUGCACUUCAAGCAGCUGUUUCUCAAUGCACUCAUGGAGACUUACAAGGGGGCUACUGAAAUUAGAGUAUAUGAGGACCGGCCAAAGCACACGAAUGGGUUCCGCGAGUUUUUCAGCGAGUACAACCGUCGACAGAACGCCUCCCCAACCCGUGGCCCUAUCGACGCCGAGGUAAUCCAAGUAGCUGACACUUCAACCACGUUGGAUCCAGUCAUGGAGGUUGCCGAAGUGCAGCACAUGAUCAAGUUACACAACAAUUCCAUUAUGCGGCAACCGAUGCACCUACGACCAAACAGACUGCAGAUCAAGAAGACCGUGUUCUUCACGAGCUACAUGAUAAAUUCCGAGGAUAGCAAGAAGCUCAUGAAGCUUGUCCAAUUACCAUCAGGGCUAGCCGGCAACGAGCUAAAGAUCCAUGCCAACAAUAUCCUGAUUUGUCCGCGGCCCUGCCCCUCGAGCAUUCUCGACAAAGUUGGUGGCAUGGGGAGCAAGAUGUUGUGGGAGGUAACAGGCACCGCGUGUUACGAUAACAGCAUCUGGGCGGCAUGCGUGCGACCUGUUCCAUCCACAGCAGCAUAUCAUACAGACAAUCCUGUGCCAUUAGUGGUACUAGCCCUCAGGAAAGGUGCGCGACCUGUGGAUGCUGGCAGAAUUGAGCACUGGCAGCCGUUGGCAGCCGGGCAAUCUUUUGUUUUCGAAACUACAGUAGGCGAAAAGGUCAUUCUGCGUGUCGAGGACGAAGAUCCCAGAAAGGACGAGUACGAGAGUUUAUUUGCGAACAGGCAUUCCAAGAGAAAACAUGUUGGCGAUGACGGCAGGGUUGCUAACAGCACACACGGACAAUACGGUGGUCGUAAUGAAUCAAGGGGUUUCCAUUCAGGCAGCCGAGGGGGAGGUCGUGGCAGAGCUAAUCCCUCUCGAGGCUUCCGCGGCGGUGCAAGAGGAGCAGGCAGGGGUGGUGGGAGAGGCAGAGGUGCUGGUUAUCACUACCGAUCCCUGGACGAUGUCGAGCCUAAGAAUCAGCAACCCGGAUAUGGCCAACCAGUUGGCUACGACGACGCCCACCCACAUCUGAACCAGCCGCAAUCUCAGGCUCCGCCAACAGGUCCGAAAGCAUCUCUCGGUCGUGGGGGAUCGUAUCAAGGACGAGGGGGCGGCCGUGGAGGUGGUCGAGGCGGUGGACGCCCCAUGGGCGGAGGGCAGGCUGCGAACAACACCGACCUGCAAAACUACUACUAG